CAGCCCCUCAGAUCCUGAUCCACACCUGUCUUAAUCACGUUGUGCCGCAGCUGGAUAAUUAGGGUGUAGGUCCCAUCUGCUUGAAACGUCUCCCCAAACUGAUCCAGGACCUGGUGGAACUUGGCUAGGUUUCCUGUCCUGACAGCUGCAGGGAGAACAGGAGUGGACUGGAUGAUGCAAACCGGCAUGGGCACGGAAAAGGCCCCAGUGAAGGGGGCCUAGCGGGCUCUGGGGUGGGGAAGCCAGCCUUACCUUGAGUCAGAAGGAAAUAGGGCAUGAGUGAACGCUUGAGGGACGGCUGUCGGAACUGCAGCCGGUCGGGGAUCUCCCCCAGCAACAGCUCCACCACGAUGAGAAGCUUGUGCACCUGGACAGAGUGACUGGGGACCCAGUGGGCAGGGAGCCCUGUGGGCGGAAGAAAAUGAAAUGUGGCCUAAAUUCUGCCAGAUACCGUGGGAAACAGGGAAAGGGAGCACUGUUUAGGCUCGGAGAGAGGAGGAGAGCAUGGGAUCCAAGCUCUGCCUUUGGUCGCAGAGCCCUCAGCUGCAUUUCACCUGACCACCCCGUGCACACUCUGCUCUGAAAUGACAGCGCUCUAAGGCCAGAUGGGCGGGUGCUGUGGCUCAGCAAUGGCAAGGGACCAGGCCUCAUAGGCCUGGGGAAUGGAACGGGUGUCAGCCAGAUGCUCACUAGGGAGGUGGACUGUUACUGGAGGAGAGGAGGGGAUCAGUGGGUAGAAUUCAUUAUCUGUGUAGAGGCAGACGAGCCCAAAGGGGCCUGGCCUCAGUGAAGAGCAGAGUAUACAGACAUAGAAGGGUGGCUGGAAACCCAGCCUGUCUUCCUCCACAGGACUGAGGUAUUUCCGAGUGGUGCCAGCUGUGGAUCCAGCACCAUGCAAGAACUAUGGUGGAGGGACCAUAGUUAAUUGCUAGUUUUAGAGAUGAGGAAACCAAGGACGCUUGCCGACUCAGGGUCUUACCAGCAAAUGGGAGGCACAGAACACAAGGCAGUUAAAUCGAGGGGCAGCAAGUGUCAGGGGGAGCAGGGGUUACAACAGGAGUGUGUGAUCACACCCACAGCCAGGAGGACCCUUCACCCCCCACAGGCACCCAUGAGGCCGCCCUGUCCCUUGGAGUAACCCAGAUGUGAGGGUAAAUCCCUGGAAAUGGUUAUUUACGAAGUGCCUUAAGGAUUCUGACAAAGCAGAAAAAGGAGGAGGGUCAAGGGUGCAGAGCGAAAAAGAGGCAGAGAAGUGUGGGUGCCUGGGGAGCUGUUAGAAAAUGGACAGUUGGGACCACGGUCUGGGACAUGCCAUUGCCAUUCUGAAUGCCAGGCUGAGCAGUUUGAAGUUGGCACAUAGAACGCCUGCUGUCUAGCUAGUAAACACUGAGCAACUGGGUCCUUGGCUUCCUCAUCUCUAAAACUAGCAAAUAACAGUAACAAUACCCAGCCUGUCUACCUCACGAGAUCGCACGAUACUCCGCGGUAGUGGGGAGCAAUGGAAGCUUCCCAGGCAGGGGCAGGAGAGAGCUGGAGCCCUGCUUAGUAAGGCAAGGGAGUGUAAGCUGGGCUGGUGGAGAGGAAGAUGACCAGGCAGAAGUGUCCGGAAAUGUUAGCAGCUGGAACCACGGCACCAGCAACACCAAGGAAUAGGCAAACACAAAAGACGUGCAGACAAUUCAACAGAUGACCCAGUGAUGGGAAGGGGGCGAGGGAGAGCCAGAGGAUCCCAAGGCCCUGAUCUGGAUUGGGACAGCAGGAGGAAGGACUGGGAAGGGGGCCAGGUGGGUCUGUUUGGGAUAUGCUGUAUAGAGAGAUAUGGGGGGUGGGAGGGAGAGCUGGAUCUGUAGGCCUGAUGUUCCCAAGAGGGGUCAGAGGCAGUGUUAUAGGAUAAACUGUUUCCCCCUCAAAUUCAUGUUAUAGACCUGAACCCCAGGACCUCAGAGUGGGACUGUAUUUGGACAUAGGGCCUUUAGAGGUAAUUACGGUAAAAUGAAGUCAUAUGGGUGGACCCUAUACGAUGAUUGUCCUCCUAUGACAAGAGCAGGACACAGACACGCACAGAGGGAAGACCAUGUGAAAACACCAGGAGACGGCCAUCCACAAGCAGACAAGAGAGGUCCUCAGAAGAAACCAAUCCUGUCGACACUUGCUCUUGGACUUAGAGCCUCCAGAAUUGUGAUGAAACACAUCUUGGUUGUUUAAGCCACCAAGUCUGUGGGACCUUGAGGUGGCAGCCCCAGCAGAGUAACGGAGUUAGCAGUGUACCGGCUGAAGAGCAUCAUGCAGGCGACAGCUGAAGCUGGGAAAGCAAACAAGGACGCUCAAGGAGAGAAUGAGGGUUUCACUAUCGACAGAGAAGCUCUCAGAGUGCUCUGCUGAGGCCGGGUGGUGAGGAGAGCAGAGAGAACGCUGGAGGGAAGGAGCUGGCCACUGUGCUGUUGGGGAGGGAGCUGAGGGGGACAGGAAUGGCCGCUUGAGAGGAGAAGCAGCAGGGCUGGGGGCUUUCUGCCAGGAGACUGAAGCAAACAGGCGAUGAGCCAAAGCCGGAAGAGAGGAAGGAGUGGGAUGGAAAACACAGGUAGCGAAGCUGGCAUUAAGUAAAGACAGGGAGGGUAAGAAUGGGUGGAGAGAGACAUUUGAGUUUCCAGGAGACAAGGCAGCUUCAGGAACGAACGCCAGCUGGCCUCCAGCCCUGAAGGGAUGAGCUGGCACCGCCCUCCUCAGGGCGCUCUGUGCACCAGCAGCACUGGCAUCACCCAGGGCCCGUUAGGAACAGACUCUCUGAAUAGGAACCUACAGCUUCAUCAGACCCCCAGUCUUGCUCUGUUGCCAGGCUGGAAUGCAGUGGCUCAAUCUCAGCUCACUGCAACCUCCACUACCCAGGUUCAAGUGAUUCUCCUGCCUCAGCCUCCUGAGUAGCUGGGACUACAGGCACUAUGGAGGUGGACAUUGUGUGAAGGUGCAGUGUUUGCACAAAGGGCUUGAGACAGCUAGCGUGACUCACCCCAACUUGGCUGCUGGACCUAUCUGCUCUCCCCCCGCUCUCGAGGGCUGUCCAGUCGAGGUUGAAUGAGACAUCUACGUUGGUGGUCUUGGGGACUCCCCCAGGUCGGUAGCCCCCUGGCAGAUGUGCUGGACCCCAACAUGAAGGUACUGCUUUGGGAUUCUGUGAAGAAUUGUGGCUCUAUGCUAGGAUGUGUAAUAGGAAGGAAGCUCCUUCCUUUAUGACAUCACCAGACAUCACAUUACAGAGCAGUAGCUAAGGAGACUAUUUGAGACACUCAUAGAACAACAGCCAAUUUUGUAGAUGCCCAAGAAUAGCAGCUUGAAAACAGGAUAAAUAUUCAGGCAUCAUUAGGCUCCCGAAUACAAGCCAGCCAGUAAAAUAUGAGAUCUGCUCUGAAAGGCACAACCAUCAAGACAAAUAAACCUGGGGCCAAGGUAUCGGUUUCAGCACAGAGAGGGUCUGAGGUUACUACUAACACAUUCCCUCAGUGGGGACAUUGGUUCAUUCUUACCUCAAACCAUCGAAGUGCUGCAGUCUCCCUGAACCCUUCCCACCGAAGAUCAGAAGCUGCACAUCCCACCACUCUCCAUUCGGCAUCAGACUAUCCUCGAUCUGUCUCCCCCGAGUUAGGGCCUGGACGCUAUGCGGUACCCACCCCUCAGGGAACCGAGACUGGACCAAUAACAGAAUCAUCCCGCCAUUCCUCUCCUCAUCCAAAGAGCCAGCAAACUCAGACACUGGCUUCCCAUGCUUCAAGCAGACAACGGAAUGUUAGUCCACCCAGAGAGGAAGCAACACGAAGAAGCGGUGAGAGCAAGUCAGGGCGCAAGGUCGGCCAUCAUGCCUCAUCCAUCCCAGAUGUCAAAUCUUCUCGUCGAUUGAGUUUUCAAGACCAGAAGGAUAACUUGCAAUCACAAAUCUUACAAGAUGACCCACCAUCCAAGGUCCAGAACCCCCAAGGAGUCAGAGUUCCCCGCAGGAUUUUGUCUUACCCAAAGGAUGAAGCAGUGCAAACUGGACCCAUUCAAAGGAUUAUGACUACUACUGAGAUCAGAUCUCCAAGGAGUCCUUCUCUCCCAGAGCACGGAAGCAGCAGUGUCUCUGCAGACCAUCAGACCCUGGAACUGACCCUUCGGGCCUUGCCUCCUCGGUCCUUACCUAGGUAUGAGCCUGGCUGCUCAUGGUGGGCCUUGCUGAAUCCUGAAGUUGGAAUACCCGAAAGCCAGCCAACAACACCUGAUUUUGAGCGUAAGUGUUCUCCUUCCCUAGAUCCUUUAUUGUCCUGUUUUAAAAUAGACUCUAGCCCUUUAUUUGAGGAUCUGAAGUUCCAGAGAGAGAAGGCAAGCCCAUCACCACCACCAUCACCAAAGGAGUCUCCAAGUUGGGCACCACUGAGUGAAGUGCCACAGACCCCCAAGCGUGCCUGCAAACAACUCAUUCAAUGGUUUAGUUCUUUCUUCCUGGGUAUGUGAAGAAGCAGACUGCCCAGAUGCAGCCCCAGUUUAGUGAGAUGGGGAUGUUGGGGUGGGCAGGAAAGGCCAACUCUUCAUUCUGGGCCUAAGGGCUGCUGCUCUCCUGCCAGUGCCAAAGCUAGUCCUAUACUUGAGCCCAUUGUUCCA